AUGGUGGAUUAUUUGAAUGAGCUUAGAGAAGGCUGCUUAGAGGCUUACACUGGAAUUAUCCAAGGGCUAAAGGGUGAAGUACCUGAGGGAACCGUGAAUGGUAAGUACUCCGUGGGCUUCAGUCAUAUAAGGGAGUUUUAAAAAGACUCGGUGCUUAGCGUUGGAUCCCAUCGGCUUUAAACCAUUUGGACACUUGUUGAAUUUACACAACGUCCAACUGUAUUAUCCUUAUCGCUUCGGUUUCACUUGUACUGUAGAUGUAUAGUGUGGACGCGAUAAGGAAUACCAAGAAAACUAGGAAUACCACGUUGUGUAAACAGCUCGCUCUGGGAUUUGAUCACUUUUAUUUUUACGGUUUUAGGCUAAUAAAUUGUCCAAGGGGAACAAAAAUCUUGAACCCAGUUUCACGUAAGACGUCGUUGUGAACAUUGAAGACUGACAUAAAUCGUAAAACCUCUCGUAACAUUAACUUUUACAUCGUUUUUGAUAACGUAACCUCGAUGUCCUUGGCGCAAGUACGCGUACACAAAAUUGACAUUAUGGAUUUCUUGGUAAAGAAUUCUUGACCACUGAUGUGAAUAAAUCAGCACUCGAGAUUUGCACUCAACAGCACUCGAAUCCAUUUUCGCGUAGGAUUUGGGCUCUGACGGGAGAUUGGACUGAAGUCGUGGAUUUCUGAAUUGUGUUCUUUUUCUUACAGCGGAUCUCACUGUGCUUAACCGCCAUAUUAUGCACAUCAUACAAUUUAUUGAACUCGUAGCAACAGACCAGGACCAUUCUGAAAGCAACGUGUCUAGUGCGUGCGGUCUUGUAGGGUAAGUUAAGGAAAUUCAUUGUCCUUUAGGCGCCCAGUUAUAGAUGAAGAAGGAGAAAUAAGCUUAAGGUUAUGUUCACAGUAUACCGCAUGGCUCUUAAGCCGGCACGAAAACUUUACCGGGUAGAGCUUCUGUUCAUACAUAAGAACGGUGAUUUCGGCGCGAUUUCUGAAAGUUAGCGAAGCUGCGCUGCGCAGAUCUCGAAAGUGGAGCGUCACAUAUCGGAUAGGUUACGUGUCACAUCAUCGUGUAGUGUGAACAGGUGAUUUGGGACCGUAACAGAGGUGAAUAAGUAGGAGCCAGGACUGGGAUCCACUAAGACGAAACGGGAAGUAAUCAUUUAGGGGUGAGAACUGGGAAUUAGUUCACCUACCCUCUAGGCCAACCUCUCCGGCACGAUGUUCGGCGUGGGUGAACUUUUGAACUUUUGAACUUUAUUUUUUAUUUAAACACGGUAAAUCUAUCAGAUAAAAUAAUAAUAAUAAAAAAUUACAAUCUACUUUAAUCUAUAUAAACAUGAUCUAAAAAUUUAAAUAGUAAAGAUAGAGANCGCCCAGUUAUAGAUGAGGAAAGAGAAAUAAGCUUAAGGUAAUGUUUACAGUAUACCGCAUGGCUCUUACGCCGGCACGAAAACUUUACCGGGUAGAGCUUCUGUUCAUACAUAAGAACGGUGAUUUCGGCGCGAUUUCUAGAAGUUAGCGAAGCUGCGCUGCGCAGAUCUCAAACGUGGAGCGUCACAUAUCGGAUAGGUUGUGUGCCAUACCAUGGUGUAGUGUGAACAUGUGAUUUGGGACCGUAGCAGAAGUGAAUAGGUAGGAGCCAGGACUGGGAUCCACUAAGGCGAAACGGGAAGUAAGCAUUUAGGGGAUGAGAACUGGGAAUUAGUUCACCUACCCUCUAGGCCAACCGCUCCGGCACGAUGUUCCGCGUGGGUGAACGACUUGUUCCAGUUCUAUGCCGUUGCUGUUUAUACUUGGCAUGCGAAAACACCCAUUUCUUCACGCCGCUGGGGACCUUUACCGUUUCAGUGAACUUUAACAGGGUUGAAGUAUAUUUAUAGCUUGCAUUUUAUCAAGCAAAAGAAAACGUAACAACGCCCCGAAUAGAUGCAAUUGAUAGGCCCCUGUCAAAGUUGAUUAGAUGCGGCUUCUGCCAGUUUUUUAAUUAAAAGUUAACUUAUGGAAUUUGAAACAUUUCGGGAAAGAAAAAAAGAACAAACCAACUAAUUUUAAGAUAACGAAAAUCUACCGCGAAUCAGUAGCUCUUCGAAUGGCAUUGUAAUGACUUCCUGAAUCGUUUACUUCCUUUACCAGCCAAACGAGAACUGGCACGGCCGAAUCGUAUGCUUUUUUAUCAAAACAUCAUUCAGACACAAUUUGUUCUUGUACGUUUGAAUUGUCAGUUCACGCAAACGUACAAGAAAACUCCAAUAAAACAAGCAAAAUAUUUUACCUGGAUUUAAAAUGGGCAGAGCUAUCAUCCAGCAAAUGAGAUGCCUCUCCAUAAAGUCUUUUUUCGACUUUUCCCUGUGCGGAUUACAAUUUUUUUUCUUUCUUGUUGCCCUCAGUUCGCUUAUUGUCAGAAACGCCGUUCAGCUUAAAUUCCCGCCAAAAAAGCGGGUUGGCCUUAUGAUUUCCCGCCAAAAUGCGAAGUAUAGCACUCAGUUAUUUCUUGUGUGACAUUUCACAGUGGCUUACAUAUAGGUGGUGGACGGUCGCAACCACCAUGAGAGGCUGCGAUCCUAUUGGUUAGCACCAAGGAUUACUUGGGGAUAACAUUGGUUAACUCUCUAAAAGUUACAAUGCAAAAUUUUUGUUUCUUUGCAGUGAUAUUUGCUCUGCGUUUGGCGCACAAGUACAUCCGUAUCUAGAAAAACAAGCUAUAAAUGAACUUUUGCAAGAAGGAAGACGAUCAAAAACUCACAAAACCAAACAAGUCGCCACUUGGGCCACUAAGGAAUUACGCAAGCUCAAGCAACAACAGGUGAGUUAUAUCGUAAUCUGAUUUUUUCGAAAUUCUCAAGUCUAAAUCUGCACACUGUUUUUUAGCCACACUCCAGUGGGCCUGUGCCAUGUGCCGCUGAGUGAUAAUAGGCUCAUUAAUUCGAAUUGUUCACUGGACGAAAGCUCUUCCCUAUUAAUGCGUGCUCCGUAUUACUCCAGUGUGCCUGUGCCAUGUGCCGCUGAGCUACAACAGGCUCAUGAAUUCGAGCUGUUGACUGAACGAAAGCUCUUCUCAAUUAAUGCGAGCUCCGUAUUACUCCAGUGUGCCUGUGCCGUGUGCCGCUGGGCGACAACAGGCUCAUGAAUUCGAAUUGUUGCCUGGAGGAAUGUUUUUGUCUAUAAUGACCCGGAAUGUGACUUUUCAUUUCAGUCUUUCUCGGUCAGCAAAGCCCAAACAUACGCAAUUAUCAUUAACAACUUCGGCACUGUGUGAUUUGCAUAUGUCCCGUUAGCACGUCAGAUCUGGCGGAAAAAUCGCCAAAGACUCCUCUCCAUAGCUCAGUAAAGCCCCCAUAGUUUCGUAGGUGGGAAAUUUCGUAAACGCCACUAUUGUGUGACGCAGGUAAUUUCAUGUCUUGCAUACAAGUGUAAUGAAGUUAAAGUGUCAGACAUCAUGGGCUGUACAUGGUCGAGACUAUUGUUAGAAAGGGUGUGAUUGAGUCCUUGAGGUUGAUUUGAGCGUUCAACAAUACCAAGGUCGUUGAUAUAGAUGCUGUACGCUUAGCAACACACUAAUAUAAACCAUUCUCCUUUUCCCCUAGAAUUGAUCACGUGACGGCGACAACUGAGCGAGCGUGCGAGAGUGCGUGAGAAUCGAGCACCCAAGCGGUCAAGAGACGUGCGUGGCGAGCGAGCGUGUUACCCCACCCCUCCCCUGAAAAAGAAACAGGCUGGACAAGAAGCCUUUUCGACGAACCAAAGACAGUCAACUUUGUAAUCACGUGACGACAGUUUAUAAAACUUGGCGGCGGCGAGGCGAUAAAUAUUGGAGUCCGCAUACAACGCUGAACCUACCUUCGUGUUUCAGCCGGAGUUAAAAAGAGAGAUAUCCACUUGGCCUUACAACUAGGAAGGAACAUGAACGGAGUACUUCUUCUAAAUUGCGAGGCUCGACUAUUUCAAAGACAUUGGAAAAAACCUGUCGUCUUGGUGAUAAAGACAUAUCCUCCCCCUCAGGGGAAAACAGUAACCCCCCACUCUACCCUACUGAAAUCUACACUGCUUACGCGGGAAAAUAUUACCUAGACAAGUUGUAUAGACCCUUCGAGAAUUAAUGUGGCUUGGGGAAGCUUUUUGCGUGGUGUAUUUGUUUUGUAUUAGCUGUGUAUCUGCUCUCCUCUGGUAGUAUAAAAAAGAAGUUAUUUUUCUGGAAGAUUUGGUAAGUUGAACGAUGAAGAGACGAAUUUAAUGUACAGUGAAUUUUGCCUUUGUUGAAAAAAGCAUCGUUCAGCGAGGGAAGGGCGAUAAAAAUUAAUGGAUACUUAACAAAGCUAUUAAAAGCAGUUAUCUAGUAGCGGCAUGGUGUGUUUUUUUCGCCUUAAAUGCCAUUCUAAAAUGUACAUCCUUCCCGUUUAGGGAACGAGUACUGACGAAUCACCCCUACCCGUGUUUGUAUAAGUACACUGACUUUAACCCCGAAGAAACUGCUAGACUAAUGGUAAAGAAAUUGAGUAAUGAUUUGGCAAGCGUGGUCCGCUUUAGAAUGAGCGCAUGGCAAACCUUUUCUCACCACCCGGAGGCCAAAACGGUGUAUUUCAAAAAGUAAUUACACCUGAUAUACCCUGCGUAGCAAGCGUUUCCGUGUGGUUUCGGAGCAAAGAAGACCGAGGAAGGUCAAGGAACGGGAUUUUCGGUUUGGCCGCGCGAAAAGUGGAACGAGAGCCAAAAAUUAAAAUGAAAGAGGGGGAGAGGGGGGUUUCGCGCGGUCUUUGACUCUUUGCUCAGAAACCGCACGGAAACGCUUGCUACGCAGGCAAACCCUGAUAUUGUCUUGCUAUGCAACUGGGCACGUGUACAAAUCGUGAUGAUAGCUAGGAGCAUUGGCCAAUAGCUGACCAGCCCGUCCUCUGUAACCAUCCCAGAAACAAUUGCGGGACACGUUUCGGCUCCAGUUUCCUUAUCGUUUCAAAAAGUGGCGAAUGUGUCUGCUUGUCUCCAUACGCCGUUUUCUCUGCAUCAUCUGGUGAAAAAUGAAGCGGUUAACUUCUCGAAUCUGACAGCAUUUUUUUUCGCCUGCGUUGGCGCGUGGUAUGGCGCUUGCUUCGCAAACCAGCUAUGAAUUAAAUUAAAUUAAUUUUAUUUAAGCUCGAUAGCGUGAGGAGUGGUUACCCAAUCUCCCGAGCCCGGGGCUCAUGUAUUAAACGCUCGAGCAUUCCGGAUCGAAUUGGAAUUUAGAAAUGUUGGUUUUUGCGGAGAGGGGAAAACCGGAGUACCCGGAGAAAAACCUCUCGGAGCAGAGAAGAGAACCAGCAACAAACUCAACCCACAUAAUUAUGACGUCGAGUCCGGGAAUUGAACCCGGGCCACAUUGGUGGAAGGCGAGUGCUCUCACCACUGCGCCAUCCCCGUUCCCCAUGACGUGAAACGACCGCAGCGUUUAAGUCGGAUUCCUUAUUUUCUCAACUUUUUUCUUGUGCAGAUGCAUUUGCGCAUGCGCUUGCGUAAUCCCCGUUCAAAAGCUUGUGUAGAGGCCGGUUCAAACCUGCUACGCAAAUUGCGCUUGGCUGCCUCAACGCCGACUCGAAGAGACCUCGUCUCAAGAAAGAGAUGUGUUGGUGGUAUUGCAUGCUCUCGGCUCAUAGGCGCUAAGUGCAAACGUUAGGCAAGAAAGUGGAAAAUGCUUGUGCCAGAGUCUAUAGUCUAACGUGUUAUCGGACUUAAGCUUCCCUGAUUUAAGCGGAAAAGCGAUUUCCCUUUGAUUUUUUGCGAAUAUGCCGCUCCAUUGUUUCUACGAGUUUUCCUUGUCAGAGACAUUCUUGUGUUAAUUUUUCCCUCGUGUUAGGCUGUCAUGAAACAGGAACUGUAGCACUUAUUGCACGAAAGCAGAGUAAAAUUAAUUGCUUUAGUUUCUUUACAGUAAUGAAUAAUUCAUUAUUAUUUUUACCAAGUCGGCUUAAUUAGUGAGGCCUGAAUUAAGUGGAUCAUUGUAUUUUCAAAGGUGCCGUCACCUUAGCAGACAUUUUAGACCCUAAAAAGCACUUUCGUUCUUUUGUCUUCUCCUGCUUUUCACUUCCUCUGAAUUUAAGGGUGCUCUUCCGUUGUCUAAAUCUUGUUUAGUGGAACUGUUCGUCGUAACAUGGCAUCUUUAUGUUAGCACAGCUGUUGAAAAGACAGUCUAAGUGCAAGCAAGUUUUACUUACGGGUUAAUUUCAUGCAUUUUGUAAAAUGUUCGUUGGAUUUAACAGAUAGAGUGGUUUUCGUUUGAGUGUCGUAAAACCAAAACCAAAGUAAUUACUCUGGCCAAUCACGUAGGACACAGACAAUACACUGAACCAAUCAAAACUCGAAGUAAUUACAUGUGGCUGACGCAAAGCGCGGGAAAAUACAUGCGAGCGCGUCACAAUUGGCUUUGGUUUUACUUCUGAUUGGAUGAAAAGGUGGCGCGAAUCUUUUAAGCCAAUCGCAUCGUGUAGAAAGUGCAAAACCAAUUACUUUUCGACACUCAAAUGAAAACCGCUCUAUGUUGUAGCAAAGCAAACUGUCAAACCACCUGCCUUCCUUCCGACUGAAGACUUCGUAAGCUUCUUUACACCUUAUCUUUUCUUUUGUCGUUGUUCUUUUUUCAGACAAUAAGGUCACACGCCAACAACUUAUAAAAAAUCUCAAUAAUUCAUGUGCUUUAAGUUGGUCUAAAACUAGCAGUCUGGCAGACGUGUGCCCAUAACCAUUAAAGGUAAUUAGUGGUGAUAAUGACUCCUACUCUCGGUUGAACAUCGAAGAGAGCGCCUCUGUCGUUAAUUGAAACCAAGUGCGCUUGCUAAGUUUCUCGGAACCCAGUGUUUUACCAUUGUGUUACAUUCUCGUCGCCAGUGCCCGUCGUUUUUUGGUCACGUGGUCUUUAGCCGAGUGUCUCAAGGGACGAAAAUGAACGUUGUUCAGCUCGCGUGAAUUUUGCGCUGCGUGGAAAGUCACCACAGAAAACAUAG